UAUUUUUAAAUUGACUUUUACAAAAGUUUAUUGCAGUAUUGAUUUUUUUCAGCGACUGCGCAAGUUAUAUAUUGAAUAAUCACAUGUGUCAUUGGUCAUUGCGCGCGGUGACACAGACCAAAGUGGGAUUCAAUGUUGCAAGAAGAAAAUAAUAAUAAAUAAUAGUGUUUUUUAGUUUUUUUUUAUUCGCAGAAUAAUGUAGCCAAGUGACGUGAAUACAAUUAUUUUUUUGACAAAAAAUUAAUCAAAAUUUACGCUAUUAAAUUAAAAAGUUAAAUAUCAUUACUAUAAAGUGAAAAAAAUACAUACGUUUGAUCUCGCAUAUAAAUUAUUUUUCGUUGAGAAGAUGGUAGAUGUAAGUGGUGCUUUACCAUCAAGUGAUGGUGGUACAUUAAUGGGACGUACAAAGGAUGCACUUAGAUCAAUGAGAUCAGCAAUUGGUGGUGGUAGUGAAUAUCUUCAAGGACUUGGUAGCCGCAUUGGUUCAGCAUUAAGCAGCAGUUUUGAAGACAGUGAUUUAACUACUAGUCCAUCAUCACCACCCACUCCUCCACAUCGUAAUGAACAAAAUAAUAAUUGUGAAAAUAAUGGAAACUUGAGAAGAAAAUUACGGUUACCCAGAUUUAGCACUGGAUUAUCACAAGAUGACUAUGAAGUAAUGACAAGACAUAAAUUAGAACGACAAGAUUCAAAUUUUUCACGUUCUCAUCGUAAAUAUCCACCUGGUAUGACAUAUGAAGAAAUUGCAUCAUCAAGAACAACGACAAUCAUACCAAAAGAAAUGAUUAAAGUUGAUAAUGUCAUUAGUCCUGAUCGUUACAGCAUUGAAAGUAUUGAGCCAUUACAGGAAAAAGAUAUCAGAGCAACUGGACCAGAUCCAUAUGAAAAACUCGACUAUAAAACAACAAGGGCACCAAAUCGCUAUGAGACGGUCGUUUUUCGUUUAGAUAUACCUUGCAGCAGUGGAUCAGCAAGUGACCUUGACGGAUAUGGACCGAGCACAAGCUUAGAUUCGAAUAUGGAUGGUCGUAGAGUUUGGGAAAGAUCAGGUUCUUCAGGAUCAGUACAAUCAUGGGCAUCAAGUUUAUCAGCUGAUAGUCAGUCUGAAGAAGCCGCUGCUGAUUUUAUGAAAUUUUUUGUUCCUCUGUUGUUUGAAGCACCUGGUACAAUUGACCAAGAACAAAAAGCAAAUUUUGGACAAAUGGUUCUGAGUGAAUCUGGCAGAAUUUGGUUUGCAAGGGUGGUAAAUGCAAGAAGAGCCCGUGCUUGUGUUACUGAGGCAUCAUUCUAUUCAUUGGCACAACAUUUCGCCUUGACUCUUUUUGAGUGUCAUGAAGCUGAUGAUUUCGCUCCAGCUAAAAGCUUAAUGAAUAUGUGUUUUACAUUUUAUCAUGAAGUUGAAGUACCAGGCUUAGAACCAUACAGAGAAUAUUUAUACACUCAUCUAAGAGUUCAGCCAAUUUGGACCUCAAUGAGAUUUUGGACAGCGGCAUUUUUCGAUGCUGUACAAUGUGAAAGAGCUGCAAGACCAGUACCUGCAAGAUCAAAGUCACUUGAUCAAGAUAAAAUCGCUGCUGAUGAUAGAAAAUUUCAAGCUAACAUUGUUUUUGGUCAAUUGGGUACAUUUACAUGUAAUAUGCAUGCAUUUGGACUGUCAAGGACACUUUGUCUAGAAUUUUUGAGAAAACAAUGCAUCAUUGCAAAUCUUACACCAGAGCAAGAAAAAAUGCUACGAGACAAUAUAAUGAGAAUGUUUGAUGAAUCCGAGCCAUGGAGAUAAAUAAUAAGUAAUAUAUACAACAACGAAUACAUAUUGGUAUGGCAAGAUGUACUUUAAAUCUAAAUUAAUUGGUAAUGGAUUAGACUGACUUUUAUGGUAUGCAAGAUUUUUUUUUUUCUAAUUUUAAAAUUAUUUUCCUGGAUCUAAUCAAUGUAUUACAUGUCUACGCGCAAAUAAGUAUGACUGAGUUUAAUGUUAAUUGUCAAUUACAAUAUGUCACACUCAGGUCUCCGUUUAUUAAAGAUAAAAAAAAAAUUAAAGAAAAAAAGAAAAAAUAUUACAACAAUAAAAUUAAAUAAAGUAUUUUCAA